GGAAGAGGGACUAUGCCCUCCAUUAUGCACUUCACACUUUCAUUUUAAAGUUCACGAUUUUAGGGAGAAUCCAGUGAUCUAGGAAAGGGGGAAGUACCUCAAGGACUAGCACAGAACAUGGAUCAUACCGUUUCUGGGAUCAAUGAAUGAGGAACAAAAAAACAGAACACAGGGCUAGCCUGAAUCAUAAUGGAGAGCAAAAAAUCCAGAACGUAAAAGCGAAAUAAGAAGUUUCUGGGCUAGGAGCUCAGCAAGUUUAUCAAGAGGACAGACAAGAGUGGUGUCAUGAGGGUUGGCUCAUUAUGGUUUUCUUUUCCCUUCUUAGUGUGCAGAUCUAUUUACACAACUCUUACCUCCCACUAGAUUGCCAGGCCCAUCGGUCAGUAAAAUUUUGUUGAAUAAAUGUUGGUGAUGAAGUAUCCUGGCACCUGGCCUUAUAAGGGACGCUGGGGCUAUUGGCAGUAGAGAUUCUCAUAGGAAAGCAAGAAUAUUUUGAGGACACAGAUGACUUGUCCGCACCGAUAAGAUUAAACACUUACUUCAUGUAAGACAGGGAUAACUGUGCAUUCGUAAACUUCUUUCUAGCAGAUACAUGCCUAUUUCCUUAAAGAGGGUCCUUUUUUAAAAAAGUCUUAUCAAAAACAUGGACGCUGAAGCAAAGUUCCUACCCCAGUACAAGGGCAAAUUAUAACACGCAAUCAUUAAAUUGCAUCAUCAACAAAUCUUUCCAUUUAAAAACAGCUGGAUUACAAUCCAAAUCAAGUAACAAGCUGCAGCUAAAACCUAGGUGGGGGCGGGAUGAAGAGAAAGGGGCUGGAAAGGGGAGGGGCCAAAACACUGGAGCUGUCGAGCCAAGGGCAAAUCACGCUUCCCACCGGACUCAGUCCCAAGGAAGCGAAGCCAUUAGCGCCGUUCCACUGCGCAGGCGCCACCCCUCAGCUCGCAUGCGCACCUAGGCCGGCGCGGCCUGACGAAAUUUCUUUUUACAGGCCUGUUGCUGCGGUCUCUUGUGUCUCCUUCUACCUUCUCCAUUUUCCUAGUCCCUGCAGGACUUUACUGGAAUAUUAUUUGGAGAAAGUGUCAUGGAAGUUCUGCGCCCACAGCUUGUAACAAUUGAUGGUCGGAAUUACAGGAAGAAUCCCAUCCAGGAACAGACUUAUCAGCAUGAAGAAGAUGAUGAGGAUUUUUAUCACGGCUCCAUGGAGGGUGCUGAUGAGCCCUGUGAUGCCUAUGAGGUGGAGCAGACGCCACAAGGCUUCCGGUCUACUGUGAGGGCCCCCAGCCUGCUCUACAAGCAUAUAGUUGGAAAGAGAGGGGACACUAAGAAGAAAAUAGAAAUGGAGACCAAAACUUCUAUUAGCAUUCCUAAACUUGGACAAGAUGGAGAAAUUGUAAUCACUGGCCAGCAUCGAAAUGGUAUAAUUUCAGCCCGAACUCGGAUUGAUGUUCUUUUGGACACUUUUAGAAGAAAGCAGCCCUUCACACACUUCCUUGCCUUCUUCCUCAAUGAAGUUGAGGUUCAAGAAGGAUUUCUGAGGUUCCAGGAAGAAGUUCUAGAGAAGUGUUCCAUGGAUCAUGGCGUUGAUAGCAGCAUUUUCCAGAAUCCCAAAAAGCUUCAUCUGACUAUAGGGAUGUUGGUGCUUUUGAGUGAGGAAGAGGUCCAGCAGACACGUGAGAUGUUACAGCAGUGUAAAGAAGAAUUCAUUAAUGACAUUUCUGGAGGCAGGCCCCUUGAAGUAGAGAUGGCAGGGAUAGAGUACAUGAAUGAUGACCCUGGCAUGGUGGACGUUCUUUACGCCAAAGUUCACAUGAAAGAUGGCUCCAACAGGCUACAAGAAUUAGUCGAUCGAGUGCUGGAACGUUUUCAGGCAUCUGGACUAAUAGUGAAAGAGUGGAAUAGUGUGAAACUGCAUGCUACAGUCAUGAAUACGCUAUUCAGGAAAGACCCCAAUGCUGAAGGCAGGUACAAUGUCUACACAGCGGAUGGCAAGUACAUCUUCAAGGAAAGAGAAUCAUUUGAUGGCCGAAACGUUUUAAAGUUGUUUGAGAACUUCUACUUUGGUUCCCUAAAACUAAACUCCAUUCACAUAUCUCAGAGGUUCACUGUAGACAACUUUGGAAACUACGCCUCCUGUGGACAAAUUGACUUCUCCUGAAGUGGAUCUUGGAAAGCAAGAGAAAUUGCACUUCCAGACAAGCUGCUGAAGAAAAAUAUCUUUAUUCUAAUUGCCAAGGAGUGCUGUGGAAGUUUGGAUGCAUGGUUCUCCUUGGACUCACCAUUGCCUCUAAUGGCUGUCUACAGUCAUCAAACUGUCAGACAAGGAGAACUUGGCCUAUAACCCUUGGCUUGUUCUUUUUUUUUCCCCCUUCUAUCUUGUUAUUCUGGUAAAAUACAUACAAUAUAAAAUUUGCCGUCUUGACCAUUUUAAGUAUAGGUCAGUGUUAAUAAAUGUAUCCAUAAUGUUGUGCAGCCUUCACCACCAUCUGUCUCUGCAAUGUUCUUGUCUUGUAAAAUCGAAACUCUAUACCCAUUAAACAAUACCUGGCAGCCA